AUGAUCCAGGAACCUUGUGCCCAAGAGGACCCAAGAAGAAUAAAAUUAUCGAUUAACCUCCGAAAUCUCAACCUACUGGAUCAUAAAAUCCUAAUCCCGGGGAACGAGGAAAACCUCCUGAGCCCUAACACCCGAAGCAUCUUCUCUGCACCUCAAGACAAUAACAGCAAAUCCACCCUGAAGAAUAAGCCCCAAGUCACUGAAUACUAG